UUUAAGGCGUUUGCUCCAAGUUUUCUUGCUCACUCUGAAUCCGAGAAUUCUCUGUGGUAGCAUCACAGUGCAUUUUAAGAUAAGUUCAGGAUUGUCUCGGGUCAGAUCAACAGUUGCCUCGCAAUUCUCAUCUCUAUCAAAUAUAUAUCUAUAUUUGUUGUAUGUAGAGCCACUGGUACAUUUAUGUGCACUUUUCAUCAAGCCACUGAUUUGCUAUAGGCAGUUGUUCGUUGAAAUUCAAUUAGAUGAUGUGCAGAUAUUUUAACAUUUUAUUGUGCGUAUGCAUUUGCGUACUAUACGACAAUCACGAAUAAUUAAUUACAAACUAUGUUUUUCUUUAGUGCGGCUACUGCUUGUGAAACUAAUCCUAAACAGUUCCAAAUGCGAGUGCAUUAAAACUUUAACCUAAUUAUUAUGAAACCAGUGUUAGGCCUGCUUCGUGUAAAAUACAUCUGAAAAAAACUAGGGAAUUUUACCUGUGCAUAUAUUUUGGGUUAAUGAGGAACGGAAAAUACUCUGGCCUUGUUUUAUUUUUUACAUUAAUUUUAAAAGCUCGCGGAGAGAAUUCAUUGACAAUGUUACAACGUUGUGCAGAUGCAGAGUUUGAAAGAUUUUAUAAUUACGUGAACAGGCCAGUGCCUCUGGAUAAAAGCGUCGUAAAAAGAGGUCCAGAAUUGAAUGAAUUUAAUAUCACACACUUUGAUAAUUGUGGGAAUAAAAGUUUUAAGAUAUCCGAGUUAAAGUUGACUAAAGAUAAUUAUUUAAAUGAAGAUGAUGUAUUUUAUCCACCAGAUAAUUUUUGUUUGAAUUCCAAGGACAAUACAGUAAAGAUUUGCCACUUGGCCAAGUUGAAACCAAUUGCGAAGAAAUGCUGUCCAGAAGAUGAAAUAUGGGACUUUGAGAACCAAAAUUGUCGAGCGGCAUCAAAUCAUUUUCGACCAAAGAUAUCGUCGCAUUUAGUAGAAUCAGAGUCCCAUGAGGAACAAGAUAGACGACUUCCAUUUCAAAUUGUCAAUGGGUCUCAAAAUUUCAAGUCAUCCGUCAUCAUCAAUUCCACGUCAACAGCAAUCGCGAUUCCGUUAUCAUGCCCACCAGGAUAUGAUCUUAAAAUAUAUAUUUCCGAUCCAUGUGCAAGUAGUAACAUGUCUCCCUCAUCUUUUUUGGAAGAUUUGCCCCCGGUCAGUGGAAAUGAUGGGAAUGAUUCAUUUCAUGAAAUGCCAUACGAAAUGGGUUGUAGAUUUCAAAUAACGGCAACUGGAGUUGAAUAUGAGACUGCUAGUGGACUUUUUCAUCGGAAAAGCUACAUGAAUAAAAUGGAACAUGACAAUUACUGUGUGGAGGGAUACUUUAACAACGCUUUGUGCUAUGACACAAGACCCACGGAUAACCAAAUCCUUCAACAAAAAUGUGUACAAUCUUUGAACAACUUUCUCAUGUUUUGUGAACCUUCUGAUUCUCUCCAACAAUCGGAACAGAGCCCGAUAAAGGCAUACUUCUUGGCGUCAAUUUGGCUGUCAACCUGUCCUCUCCUCCUUUCUGCUGCGAUGGCGAAAUUCAUAACAAGUCACAAAAAUGUACACGGUUGGACACUUUCUUCGUAUCUCCUCUCCAUGUUUCUUGUCAACAUCAACUCCGCAAUACUGGCUCUUGAGACAAGAACGCUGGGCUGCAAAGUGACGGAUUUUAGCAUGAAGUUUCUCUAUUUGUCCACUUUGUCUUGGUUGACAUGUGUUGAUUUUGGAUUAUGGAGAACGUUUAGUAAAAUUCCAAAGCCUGUUGCGCCGCACUAUUUUAUUUUUAAUCUUUUGUUCUCGACAAUGUUCCCGGCGGCGAUUGUUACCAUCAGCUACUUUGGAGCACAAGGAAAAACGUGUGGAUCUCAAUACUGCGUUCUCUACAGCCAUCGCACAAUUCCGUAUUACAAUUUACCCGUAAUUUUCUUAAUCUUUCUCAAUUUGGUGCUCUUCAUCAGAACCUCCGUGACCAUUGCUGGGUUGAGGCAAGAAACAGGCUCGGUUCUCUACAAGGAGCCCGGUGGGAGAAGACACUUAGAGUCGUUUCGACUGUUCAGCAAACUAAUCCUGAUGUCAGGCCCAAUUUGGAUAAUUCGACUGGUGCUAUUCUUUCUCCAAAUAACAGGCUUUUACUUCACAUGGUACGCUAUAAUAUUUGAAGCCAUAUUUAGCAUACCCGAAAUUGUAUUUUCGACUAUGGUCCUACUACAUCCGGAAUUCAAAAAAUGGGCUUGGCAGAAGCAUCCAAAUAUAUCAAGAAGGUUGUCUGGUCUCAUCCCGUGGUUCAGUUAUGCUCCCGUGGUCAACAUAGAAAUGGGAUCUAAAUCAAAUCACUCAACAAAUACCGUGAAUGCAGGGAAAAGUCCCACGACUUCCAUAAACCCUUGAAUGGCAAUUGUACUUACAUAUGUAUAUGUAGAUUGACAUUUACGUAUGCAUUUGAAGUUCGUGUGAGGUGUGCGAACUAACCGAUCUCAUGAAAUAUUUAAAAAUUUAUCUAUGACUGGAUAUAUGUACGUGUGCUCUACGUGUUGUCAACUUUAUUCCAUUUAUGCAUAGUCUAUCAUAAUUAUAUGAGUGUAGCAGAUGCAGAUAUGUUUAUUAGUUUUGGUAUUCAAAUAAAUACAAACUUGUGCAGUUC